GGCGUGAUAGAGAGAGAGAGAGAGAGAGCGUGCGUGAAUCAGAAGUCAGAGAGGCAGAGCGAGGGAGAGAGAGAGAGUCAGAGAGGGAGAGAGGAGCGCCGUCACCGUUCGUCCUUCUUCGCCUCAGCUCUGUGACCUGCUGACGCUCGGCGCGGCUGACGGACGAAACCGAGGGAGAAACUUGAGACGAUCGCGGUGAGAACCGACCUUCAAAAGGUCAGCGUCUUCCUGCUGCUGGCCUGACUCCCCGUCUCUGUGUUCUACAGUAACCUCCUCCCGACCUCCGCUCACCUCCUCCUUAAAUCUAAACCCUCAGACGGAGUUGAUCGUUGUGACAGGCGAUCAUCAGGACGGGCUGUAGGUGCUGUGACUCAGGCCACCAUGACGGACUGCAAACACAGGAGUACACGUUAAAGGUGAAAAUCCCUCCGCGGGAAAACGAAUGAGACGCGUCGCAGGAGGAGCCGAGGGAAAAGCGGUGCGGAAAGGUGCUCCUCAGAUAGAGGGAGAUAUUAGGAAUCAUCUUUAAGAAAGAAAAAAAAAGACAAACAAACCAAACACAACAGCAGCUCCGUGGGGAGACCAGAGGAUGUGGGAGUGAGAGAGGAGGGGCAUGAGCCGGGGCAAAAGACAGGGGAGAAUGAAGAUACCUGGAGGACAAGGCCUGUCUCACAGCAAACCCUGCUCAAUUUAGGAGAUCUCGCCUCAAGACAAGAUGACUACCAGACACCUGCUCCUCUUUGUUUUUCUCUGCCUGUCGGAGGGUCCCGCGGUGGAGGCUUCGGCCAAUAAGCUCACGCGGAGGCGAGGGGUCGGCGUAUCUCACACGCUGAAGCUCGAGAGCAGAGCAGCUGAUUCAAACCUGGAUGCUAACGCGAUGCCUGUGGUGACUCUGAGGAACGUGAUUAAUCGUGAGCAGGCAGGCGACCCCGGAUCUUUCUCUUACUCCAAACUGUUGCAGACUCACACGGCGCCAUCUGUGGCCAACAGGGAGAGACAGUCGUUCAAGCCCAAGCGCGAGGUCGACUCUGCCUUCAAGAGGGAAGCGACCCUGCACAGUUUGUCUGCCGAGAACCAGCUGAACCAGGAUUUGAAGAGAGUCAGGAACAACAGCAGAGCGGGAAGACCGGAGAAAACCUUCACCGUCCACCACAAGACAGAGCAGCAUUCCAACAAAACCAGGUUCAAGUCGUCCAGGUCCAGGACCAGACCUGAUCUGAGCGUCCACACCACAGGAGUGCCAGGAAAAGGACCGGGCUCGGACUCCAACAGGAAGCUGAACCUCACCGGCAGUUUUGGCGUUCUGAAGCUUCUGUCCAAAGACAACCUGGUCCGCAUCGUUAACUCCCAGAUGCAGAACGUUCCCAGCCUCGGUUUUCCGAGCAGGGGCAGCCGCAGCCGGAAGAGGGAUUUGAUUGACGUUAAUCACAGACAGUUGGAGGCGCAGAAAACGCUGAGACAAGACGGCGUUGUCACUCAGUCUCACACAGCAUUUGAUAAUCAGACUGGAUUCCCCCUCGUGAGCCCGGCCACGCCCCCAGACUCAGAUCCAGACCUGAACGCUGACUCCCACACUAAUCCGCUCAGUGCAGAUUCAGAUAACGACGAUGGGCGGAGCAAACACUCUGUCCACGUCCCGUCAACGCCCCACAGCCAGGUCGGCGUCUCCCCACCUGAGAAGGUGGUGAGGACAGAGCCGCCGUUUACCGCCACAAAACACUUUCCCUCUGAAACGAACGCCUCGCCUCCGUCUGUGCUGACGGGGCAGCGGGCGGGGCAGAGGCCUCCCCACAGAGACCCAUUAACAGAGUCGGUGCAGAGCUCGGCUCAGUACGGAGCAGAGGAAGACAACGCUCCCGUCAACAGAAGUCAUGUCCUCAGGCUCCGUCCUGCUCCAGAAUGGGGGCGUGAGGCGAAGAACGCUGGGACGCAGGCGGUCGAUCCGAAACACGGGAAAGGCCUGGUGUUUGAAGAGGCUGAGUCAGAGCUACAGGAGCAGCAGGUGGAGGAGGAGGAGGAGGAGGAGGAGGAGGAGGAAGGACCUGAUGGCGUGGAGGUCAGGGGUCCACGCAGCCGCAGGAGCUGGAUCUGGAACCAGUUCUUUGUGAUUGAAGAGUACUCCGGACCAGAACCUGUGCUCAUCGGACGGGUGAGUCAUAAAAACAUUUUUUUUUUUUUAAAACCACUUUAGUGAUCAGUGAGCAGA